GAGGGCAAGUAGUAUAUAAUGUGACGCAAACACACAGUCACACAGUAGAGCUCAAACCCCCCACCGAACGAAAACCCUAAAAACUCCCAGUCCCCUUUUUCACGGCAAUCCCAAAAAUUCCCGCAUAAAAUCAUCGUUGCCUUCUUCUUCUUCUUCUUCUUCUUCUUUCGAUUGCUCUGUUUCUUUUUUCUGUUUAUUUCCAUUUGUCUUUUCUAUUUUUCGUGUUUUGAUUCUUCGUCUGAUGCUUAUUUUUGUGUGUUGUGAUUGAACCUAGGGUUUUCCUUAUAUUCACAUAUACAUUCAAGCCUCCGAAUUUCGAGUUAUCUCUGGUGAAUUUCUGUCUGAGGUAUACUUUUGGACUAUCAAAAUGUCCUCACCCUAUCCUGUUCUUGGCAGUCGACCCAUUGAUCAAUGGAAGGUUGCAGAACUAAAGGAAGAACUUAAGAGACGUAAAUUGAUGACAAAGGGUUUGAAAGAGGAUUUAAUCAAGCGGCUGGAUGAAGCAAUUCGUGGUGAGCAAGGGAGAAGUGAUCUGAAUAAUGUCAACGGUCAUGAUUCUGUUCUUCCUUCUGAGAUGCUGACUGGGCAUGAAAGCACAGUAGCGUAUGUUUGUGAUAGUGCUCAGAGCAAUAUUGGUAUUGGUAAUACUACGACUCAGGAAAUAAAUGAAGAUUUGCAACCCCGGGUCACCUAUGAGCAAGAGAGGAGUAACGCGCCUGAUUCAAUUAACCAUGGUGUGCCUGUAAAUGAAAAAGUCGGUGGCAACAUGCUUAAUGUUGACAUCAAUGAGGGCCAAGGGUCAAUUGAAGAGAAACUUAGAGAAGAGGAAGGGGUAGAUGAUUCUUAUUCUGCUGGGUUGGAAGGGAAGCAGACAGAUCAAGUUACUGAUAAGGAAACCAGUGACUUUUUCACCCAGAAUCUGGAGCCUGUCAUAACUAUGGGUGAGGAAGACUUGCAGAAGACCGUGCCUCAUAAUGAGAGUCAUGGUUUGCAGGCUCAGCUGGAGAAUGACGAUUCGAAGCCCUUACAUGUGGAUGCUAAAGACAACGUAUAUGAUACAAAUAACCAGGUAUCUGAGGUCAAGCCUGUUUUAGGGCUUCAAGUAAAAUCUGAUUCUAUUUCUACUGAUACUGUCUCAAUUAUUGAAAACAAUGAACUAAAGGAUAAUAUAAUUGCUGAUGAUGUCAAACUAGAAGUAGAUGUUAAGCCUGAGAUGGUGCAGCCAUCGUCUAGCAGUGUUGUUCAUCAAGGUGGCAAAUCACAUCCAAUGGAUGUUGAAGAGCCACAUGCUAACAAGGUAUCUUUGAAAGAGACAGGUAGUAGUAAUGUCAAAAAUGCAGAUGUUAUUCCUAAAAAUGAGACUGGAGAUUUGGGUUUUUCAGAAAAACCAAAUGUAGCCAGAAGUUCUGGUGAUUACAUGGAGGAGGAUGUAAGGGAGAGUAAGCAGAUGAAUUCUAAGACGGAUUCCGUUGAAAUAAGGAUUGAGGCUGGAAAAGUUGAUGGACCAACAACUAAGGAUGAAGGUCUCGUUGAUAUUCUAAGCGAAGAUGCUCCAGCUGAGAAGAAGGUUGCUAUUGUUGAAGACAAGGGUGUCCCUGCUGCACCAUCAGUAAAAAGAAAGUUAAAUGAUCAACAAACAGUUGGGAACAAUGACAUUGCAAAAAGGCAGCGUCGAUGGAACUCAGAAGGGUUAAAGAUUCCUGAGCCACAAAGUACUGAUGUUUCUACUACACCAAAGGAUAUAUUUCAACCUGCACUUAGGCGCAGUUUCUCUAGGUCUGAUUCAACAGUCGGUGAAGAAAUGCCAAAAGAACGUGUUGUGCCACCAUCACCAAAGCCUCCGACCGAUUCUCUAAGAAUUGAUCGUUUUCUGCGGCCUUUCACAUUGAAAGCUGUCCAAGAACUUCUUGGCAAGACAGGGACUGUCACCAAUUUUUGGAUGGAUCAGAUCAAAACACAUUGCUAUGUAUCUUAUUCAUCUGUGGAAGAAGCUGUAGAAACACGAAAUGCUGUAUACAACUUGCAAUGGCCACCCAAUGGGGGACGCUUAUUGGUCGCUGAAUUUGUUGACCCCCAGGAAGUUAAAGUGCGUGCAGAGGCUCCUCCCCAGUCUCCUGCAACCCCUGUAAGCUCAGGUGCUGGUGCCCCUCCUGUUCCCCAGCAUGUGCAUCCCCAACCCUCUCCCAGGCCACAGCUUCCAAAGCAGCAACUUCCACAGCCUCCACUUCCCCCUCCGCCACCCUUGUCGAAUCCACCACCUUCAAGGGAACAUCCUGCAUCGGUGAAGGAGCGGCUGACUCUCCCACCACCACCACCUCCCCUUCCUGAGAAAAUUGAUCCGCCAAUUUUGACAUUGGAUGAUCUCUUUAGGAAAACUAAAGCAACCCCGCGCAUCUACUACUUACCACUGUCUGAUGGCCAAGUUGCAGCAAAGCUCCAGGCUCAGGGAAAGACUGGCAAGCAGUAGGGCUUAGGCUGUUACUUAAAGCAAAGCUCCUCUUCGAUUUCUAAUGGUUUCAUGAGAAUGUAAGAUAAUGGUAAGAAAGUAUCAUUAUAAUUGCAUCUUUGCAGGUAUGCAGGUCUUGCUUGUAGGAUGUUCCCGUUAAGGUGGUUCUGGAGAAGCUGGUUCGAUGAUGGAUUUGUGUUUUUUCAAGGAGUUUAUUG